AUAAUUUUCUCGAAUAUUCAAUGUUCGAGUUACUAAUACACAUUUUUUCCCAUGGGCACAGUGGUCAUAAAACUUUGUCAAUUUUUGGUAAAAAGGUCCGUAUGUUUGGUUUUGUAAACAACCAGAACAAGACUGUCUUUUAAUGAAAAAUCUUUAAAAAUGAACCGAUUUGGAGGAAAUUUUGGACAAGGCCUUCUUGGCAACCCUCCAGUGUCUUCGAACUUCUCACCACGUGACCAGAACAGAUUCCGAGGAGGAGAAACCUCAUUUGGCGGCAACCAAGACAGUUAUUUUGGAGAUGGGGGAGGUUACGCAAGAGACCUGGGAGAGAGAAAAUUUGGAGGUGGAAAUGAAGGUUUCUAUGGAGAUAUUGACAUGAGAGGCAAUUCCUUCCAAGAUCAAACUAAUAGCAACGGUAGAUUUGGAGAUGGAGAUAGAAUGAUGAACAGAGGAGACAGAAACUUAAGCCAUGACCAUGAUUACAGGAAUGAGGAUGAGUUUUACUCUGGGAGGAACUCCAUGAAGUCAGUGAGACAAGACAGACUGUCAGUCGGAGGUAGCUUUGGUGAUGACCGUGGUAUGGGAGGGACUCAGGACCAGUAUAGUAGACUAGGGAUGGGAGGAAUAAGUCCUGGCAUAAUGACCAAGGGACAAGGUAUACUUGGAUCUGGACCAGGUGUAGGAGGAGACACCGAUUUCAGGGCCCAAGGUGGAUAUAGUGGUAUCGGAAAUCAGCCUAGAUCAGGAAAUAUGCAGGGUGUUGGAAAUCUUGCCAUGAGUCCCCCAAAUAUUGGUGGUCAAGGAAUGAGACCACAAGGAAGUGGACUGGGGGUUCAAAUGGCUGGCAUGGAAGCCAACCUAAUGACUCUACAGAAGCAACAGCAGCAACAGGAGGCCCUGCUAAGGGACACUCAGCUACAGAUGGUCAACAAUCUGUUGCUGCAGCAACAGAGCAAAAGAGGAAAUCAACUGAAUCCAGGAUUUGGGGGACCAGGUUUAUUGGGUACCCCACAAAACAUGUCUCCGAGCAUGAUGGGAGGUCCUGGUGGUAAUCAGAGAGGGUCAGGGCGUAUUCCGUCCCUCCUGGACAUCAACACAAAGAAACCACAAGGAAAGAGGGGAUUUACUGGGCCAAGGGACCAAGGGGGGUUCAAGAAACAACGAUUGACACCUCAAAAGCGAACGCCUGAUAGAAGAUAUGACAACAGUUCAAAUCGAGGUCCGAGGAGACACUCUCCAGACAGACAGCGUUCCUCAGAGGGAGCGGACUCGCGCUCCUCAACUCCUCGCAGGAAGGAGUCAGAUGGCGCUCCAGGCUUCCUUCCCAAAGGUCAACAGGAUUCAGCAUGGACAGCAAAACCACAACCCACCAGUACUGAGAAUCAGCAACAAAGCCCCGCGGUGGUCACCCCACAGAAAAUUGGAGACGGCUUGCUACCGGUACCUGCCACAAAGCCAAAGCAGGCAAAUCUGACAGAAAAGUAUGACCCAGAGGAACCUACAGAAGAUGAGAUCCUGGAUUUUGAGGCAGACACUGAAACGAUUAAAGUUAUUGACAUUACGGAUGAACCAGAGAUAUCCUCCAACAUGGAGGAGGUGGAAGAUAUUGAAGAUGUCACUGUGGUGAUGGUGGAAAAAAGUCAGGAUGAGAAAGAGGAAAAAACGAAAGAGAAAGUUGAUUCUAGCAAAAAGAUGACCAAUUUCUUCUGCCAUGUUUGCAGCACCGAGUGUCGGGAUGUUGAGGGAUUCGCUAAGCAUAUGAACGGCAUGAAACACAAAAGCCGCAUGGAUGCGAUGAUGGGUCUUCACAUUGAAAAGUCCAAUCAGCUGAUUUCACGAAUUAAGGCAGAGGAACAUCUCAGAAAAAUUGAAUCCUCUCCAAGGGAUGAAGACAGAAGAAGGAGUGAUGGAGAUCGAAGACGUUCUCGAGAUGGGCGAGAUAGACAUCGUCCGUUUUCUGGGCCAUUUCGGCGAAGAGGUGGAUUUUAUCAGAGUGAUGGUCGCAGCAGAAGAGAGAGGCAUCGGUCAUCUGACCUGGAAUUUCCAGACAUUGGUGACUUAGUGACGCUCGAUACUGUAGGAUUCGAAGAGGAGAGUGUGGAUAAAGAAGUAGGUGAGAAAAAGUUGCAAGAGAAAACUAAAUCUCUUGAGACCACAAAGUCAGACCAACCCACUGCUGAUGAUGAAGUGAAACAAGAAGAGGUCCACAGUGGUGAAUCCUCAGUUAAAGAACCAGCAGAAAUAAAGGAAAUCCCAAACAGCAAACAGUCAGAAACCACAGCGUUAGCUUCUCAAGUUCUCGAAAAUUCUAAGAGCAAGACUACAGAGAAGAAAGAAGGGGAAGCCAAAUCCAGCAAGAAAGUUGAAACCGCGAAAACAGGCAGCAACAAGACACCUAAAAAAACAACUGAUAGUGCAGAAAGCAAGAAAACUGAGGAAAAAUCAAAGGAAGUGGAGAACAAGAAACCUACAGAAGUCUCAGAUGCUCCCAGUAACAAGGAACUGAAGAAUGGUUCUGUUAAACAGGAACCGAUGGAGGUAAUGACAAGUGAACCAGCUGAAAAAGAUGUAGCUGUCCUUCCACAAUGCCCAGUGAAGGUGCCACCUAACCAAAUCAAGAAGGAGGCCCCUGCCAUGAAAACUAAAGAGAAAGUGGUCACAGAGAUUCCUCAGUACAGUCCAGAUGUUCCUAUUGGCCAGAAUUACAUUGUUGCGGUGACAGGAUUUUACUGCAAGUUGUGUAGUAAAUUCUACAACAAUGAGAAGGCAGCCAAGGAAUCCCACUGCCAGUCCAGAUCACACUAUGAUAAAUAUAAGAUUGCCAUAUUAGGAACAAAUACAGAGGGUCUCUCAUCAAGUACAGCAAAGGAUGGUGACUCAGAGAAGCAGGCCCCGCCCACUGGAGAUAAAGAGGGUGUGGCCACCACCCCAGGGGAGAACUCCAGUGUAAACCCAACAGCUAAAAGAGGAAGAGGUGGCAUUCAGAUCAACAGAGGGCAGAAAGGUCGCCGGGGCAGGAAGUGAUGUCAUAGGAAAUCGUGUGCCAUGUCUUGUCUGCUGUAGAAUUUUUUUUAAUUUUUACACCAAAUUUUGUUAUACUGUGAGGGAUGUAAAAUAAAGCUGAGAAAGUUUUUCAUUCAUUUAUUUACAUGCCAUACAUCAAUUUCUUUCUGUAAAAUUAAUUUGUUUUGUCUGUAUGAUAUAGUUUGUGUAUUUCACAUUUGUACAUAAAAUUUAAAAUAGUUCAUUGACAUUUUGCAAAUUUGCAAACAAAGUUGUUAAGGGAUUUAUAUAUUUGUAAGUACACUGUGUAUUGGCAUUGAAUUUUGUUUGUUAGAAAAACACUGAGUUGGCACUGAAUUUGUAAGUACAUGUACAUUGAUUUUGUAUUGAGGGAGUUGUGACAAAUUUAUACUUUUUUUUUCUUUUAUUGGUACAGUAGUAUAAGUUACUAGGCAUCAGGUAGUGCAAUCUUAUCAGUUUUCAAAAAUACCAAGUGAUCUUUUUUAAAAACAUUUUCAUCAUUUGUACCCGUACCAGCAAUCAAAAGAUUGUAAGGUUAGUGCAGUGAAGACUGAGGUAACAAUGGAUCAAUGUGGACUUACAAAAUCAGAAUGUAUACAAAUAUAUAUCAAUUGUGUCAAUGAAUGAAAAAUAAAUCACUUUGAUAUCCA